GGUUUCUAAUUACUCAAUAGUCAAUACUCUCUUGAUUCAUUCAAAAAGGCUACCCGUUCUUCUAAAACCUGUUUCCUUUCCACCUCCAUUAAACCCGAACCAAAUCAAGUCUAAUCAAAUCAUAUAAACCCUAGAAAUUUCCAUGGAUCACCAUAAGGUUCUAGGUCUAGAAAGAAACGCAAGUAAAACUGAAAUCAGAGAAGCAUUUAAGAAAUUAGCUCUACAAUAUCAUCCAGACAAACACUCAAAUUCUUCCCAGACAGUAAUCGAUGAAUUUACCGACAAAUUUAGAGAAAUUUGUGAAGCAUAUGAGUUUCUCAUCACUGAUAAAGCAAUCUUUGAUAGCUCAGGGUCAAGAAAUGAAGACGAUAGUGGUGAAACUUCAGUAAGAAGAGAACCCAAAUAUAGAGCUUCUGGGACUUUUGGUGAUGGAGUCUGGAACUAUGAGGGAGAUGUUGAUCCUAAGAGUAUCAAGAACUUCUUUUAUGGUGUUGCCUUUGCUGGUGUUCUUAUUGUGGGAUCAGUGGUUCUUAAAGUAGCCAAGAGAGUGCUUGUUUAGAAAUUUCACAAUUCAGAGUAUGCAGACAUCGUUUGAAGAAGCAUCGGAGUCCAUCCAAAAGAACCAUAACACGUAAUAGUAGAAGACUUGAUAUUAAAAAGAAUAACAUGUUAUAUUUUUCCCUUCUAAAUUCAUUUCUUACUAACAGGAAUAGUUUUUCAAUUUCGUCGAUUACGAAAAAGAAAAUGGUUUUAAGUGUAGGACUGAAAAACACAGGUCUGGUAGCGUAAAUGAUUUAGGUAUUCGUUUUACAGGUAUGUAUGCAAUACUAGCUAACAAUUUUAGUCGGGUUCAUUUAACUUCUGCCAGUUAAUGAUGUUGCGUCAAUAUGUCUGCUGUUUGGGCUCCAUAUUGUAUUACAUGGAAGGCCCAUGCGCUGCUUGAUUCAUUUUGUUACCUGAACAUAAUUUUGUUGAAAUUCAUUUUCCGUCUCCUACAAAGGAGGUA